CGCUUCUGGAAGCGGGAGGGGUGAGCUGUCUCGCCCAGUUGGCGUUUCUCCUUUGCCGGAGCUUCAAGCACAUUUUCCCGCCUUUUUUCGCGCUUGUGUGAUGCCCUGCUUGAGGCCUUACUUCUGUUUGCCGGCUUGAGACACCGAUAGGCUUAAGGCCGGCUCGCUUCCACACGCACUCGAGUUAGCUUAAACAUACUUAACCGAAUUUAGUUCAUCCACGGAGAUUAUAUCAUCCCCUCCUCAGCAUGGCUGGUGUAAAUUUCGCCUCGCAUAAAAAAUAGUCCCCCAUAGUCCCUUCAUGCACCAUAGCUAAAUGGUCUCCUUGUUCACAGGAGCAAGGAAGAAAAGCAUUUCUUAAUAUUCAUAUGGAAUCUGAUGACCAAGGUGAACGUUUUGCUCUUUUGGAAGAGUUUAACUGGAAAAUGAAAUCUGUAAACGUCUAUUGAGAUGAAGUGAAUCUGGAUGCUUUUCCUCAAAAAAGAAAAACACAUGGUAUGCAUGGUGGUUUACACAAAAAAAUGAGAAGAUUGCUCACUGCCUCGAGCAGCUUACCGUCUAAAAAUAUGCACAAGAAAACAACAGAGGAAGGGGAGAAAAGUAAGGUAUUGGGGGAGAAUACACAAUAAUUACAUAUAUGUGUACUUAGGCUUUGUUGCAUUAUGGUAGGAGGUUGGGCCAAAAGCUAUAUAUAAAAGGAGGUUUUUGAAGAGGGAUAAAAGAGUUCUUCGAUCACAGAAUUUGAGAUUAGGCAAGGGAUGAGUUGGUAUGUUACAGCAGAAAUAUAAAGGGAGCAAGCCAUGGUGAGUUUUGAAGGAAAGUACAAGAAGCUUGCGAACAAUCUAGAAAUGAAGCCAGGUUUAAGGAGGAGCAUCACAUAAUCAGAGUGACAAGAGUGCUGGAUGAUUUUCAAGGUAGGGUGCUGGAUAGAGGUAAGAGGACAAAGGUGAGAUGAGAGACCAGAAACAGCUGCAGUAGUCAAGGCGAGAGAUACCCAGGGUGUGUGUUGCAGCUUCCUCCUCAUAGUGGGGUAGCUCCUUGUCGAAAGGCCCUGAGCAUGCAUAGAUUGGAUAGCUGAUACAGCUGGAGGCAUUAUAAUGCUUCAGACUUUAUUUGGGGUAAAUGAGGAUUGGGUAUUCCACUGCUUUUGCCUGUGGUGGCAGGGGCUCAUUCAUUCAGUAAAAUUAUUUAAAUAAUUUUUUAAAAAAUAUUUAUUUAUUUAUUUAUUUAUUUAACAUUUAUAUCCUGCUCUUCCUCCAAGGAGCUCAGAGCAGUGUACAUGGUUAUUUUUAUCCUCACAACAACCCUGUGAAGGUAGGUUAGGCUGAGAGUUACAUGACUGAGAAAUACAUGACUGGCCCAGAAUCACCCAGUGAGUUUCAUGGUUGAAUGGGGAUUCGAACUUGGGUCUUCCCGGUCCUAGUCCAAAACUCUAACCACUAUGCUAUGCCAGGCUUUCAGUUUGUUGGUGAAGUCUGUUAUUUUACCCCUAGAUCUCUGUUUCUUCUGUGAGUUCUGUUUUGUUAAUGACAUUAUAUGUGGUUUUAUUAAUUGAAUUUGAUGAUACUUAGUCACUUUGAGCAUCUGUUAUUAGGAAGGAAGAGACAGGUAUAGAUUUUUUUAAAAUAAACACUUUCUUCUCCAGAGGCAUUCAGCUACAUGAAAAUAUGAAUAGAAAUAUGGAAUGGAGUGCAUGAGCCAGGCUUAUUUAUUUACUGUUCAAUUUCUAUACCACUUUUCAUUAAAAUAGCCUCAAAGCGGUUCACUAUAUAAUUAAAACAAUGCAUUAAAAUACAAAAGUACAGAUAAUAUAAAUAUAAAAAUAAUAUCCCUAUUUAAAAAUUUAAUUACCCAUUAAAAACAAUAAUACAUAAAACACAAAGCAGCAGCAGUAAAAACACCGAUGGUAGCUGCAGAAACUACUGAAGGUAGUUGCAGAGUCUAAAUAGCAGGCAGGAAUGACAGGCGAGAAGGACAACAGAUCAGAGAAAGUCAUUUGCUUGUGAGUUAGUGCCCCUGGCUAGCUGUUUCAGACAGAAUGCUAGCAUGCUAAUAAACAAGUAUAUUUGACUUCUUAAUGGAUGCUCCAAAUUGCUGUUUUGUGUACUCAUCAUAAAUCCUGGUUUUCUGAAGUAUUGUUUCACCGGAAGGGAAAAAACCCACUAGAUGUACAGUGACAUCCCUUAACUAUUAAGGAGGCCACCAUCUAUUCUGUGUUACUCAUUUCAGAAUCUCAGUAUUUAAGAUCCUAGGAUUUCUAGUGUGACAGUGACAGACACAUUUGUAACUCUAUGUCUGUAGGGAUGUGCAAACAGGUUCAAACUCAAACCGGUUCUAAUUCGAACCAGCUUGGUUUGAACUCGGACCAAAUAGGGCAUUGCAUUGGCAAUGCCGGUCUGAGUUCGAACCGAUUGAGCCAGGUUCGGUCCAAGCCGGUUUGAAGGUUCUAGAGGCCAUUUUAGAUGUUGUCCUCCAUUUUGUGUGACUUGUGUUGCUUGAUUUCAUUGGCUGAGCUCUUGCUUUCCUGAUUGGCCAGAUGCGUCUGGCUCUCUGGUAGGCUCUGCACUAUGCCAGUCCUUGAGAACUGGCACCCUAUUGGCCAGGGGGGAGGCCAAAGGUGGGGGCUCCCAAAGGAGGGAGUUUCAAAUCCUAUUUAAAGCCAAGCCUCUGGUCAAGCGAAAUCACUCUGGCUGCAGUCUUCCUUGGCUUCCUUCUGGCCUAUUGCAGCUGCUAGUGUGGUGAGAGUCUGCCUGGCAGACACUGCUGUGUGUUUCUGUUCCCAAUCCUCCCUUCUGCCUCUUUUUCUGCCCCCCCCCCAUUCUCUCCCCUGCUUUAAACCUUUUCUCCCCUGGUGUGACUGUGUGUGUGUUUGUUCUGCUGCUUUUAUUUUUUCCAGUGUGGAGGGCAGAAGAUCUCCAGGACAACUAGGGGUAGCAGUGAAAACAAGAUGCCAAACUUUUCUUUUUCAACGGCAAAUAAUUUUCUCCGUUUCACCCCGGAAACCUUGGAUGGAAUUAGAAAGAGAAUUGCUGAGAAGAAAGCAAAACGUGCCAGGAACUUAGAACUGGGUAGAGAUGAACAGGAAGAAGAAGAAAAUAUUCGGCCACAGCUUGAUCUGAAAGUAUUCAAAAAGUUGCCUGCUCUUUAUGGAAAACCCCCUCCAUGGCUAAUUGGAGAACCGUUGGAAGAUGUGGAUCCCUAUUAUAGAGAUCGCAAGUCAUUUAUGGUGUUAACAGCCAGGAACAGAAUCUUUCGUUUUACUGCCACCAAAGCUUUAUUUCUACUUAGUCCUUUCCAUCCACUAAGAAGACUAGCUAUUAAAGUUUUGGUACAUCUAUUAUUCAUGACAUUCAUAACAUGUGUUGUUCUUGUCAACUGUGUGUUUAUGACUUUGAACAAAUUGCCACAAGAUAACAACAUCACUGAGACGGUUUUCACAACCAUUUAUACAGCUGAAUUUGCAAUAAAAGUGGUGGCAAGAGGAUUUGUUUUGAAUCAAUUCACAUAUCUUCGAGACCCCUGGAACAUCUUGGAUUUCUUUGUUUUAAUUAUGACAUAUGUAGCCUUAUCUAGUAGUUUGGGUAGUUUUUCAGCUCUCCGGAUUUUCAGGGUUCUGAGAUCUUUAAAAGCUAUUUCUGUGAUCCCAGGGCUGAAAGUCAUCAUAGCCUCACUCCUUCACUCUGUCAAGCAACUCUCAAAUGUGAUGCUGCUGACAGUUUUCUGUUUGGCUGUCUUUGCUCUGGUUGGCCUCCAGCUCUUCAUGGGCAACUUAAGACAUUAUUGUGUCAACCCUAAUUGCAUUGCGUUUGACAAAAACACAUCCUGGAGCUGUGCAGCAUUCGAGGCGGCUGUGUUAACAUCGCCCAGUCCAGGAGACGGCGGGACAACUGUGGGACCUGCACCAAGGGGCGCCACUGAGGAACCUGAGGGACAAGGGUCUGGAUCCGGAAUCUUACCUCAAGAAGAAAAUUCCAUCUAUCAUAAAAUGAAUUGUGAUCAUUCUAAUCCAUUGCCUUGUGGAUUCAGUUGGGAUCCCAAUAAAACUGAAUGUCUAAACGGCUAUAAAUGUCUGAAAUGUGGAGAUGAUGUUGACUAUGAGGACAGAAGUUUUGAUCAUUUUGGAUGGGCUUUUCUAUCAAUGUUCCGGCUGAUGACACAGGAUAGCUGGGAACUUCUCUAUCGGAAGGUAAUCAGAACAUCUGGGAAAAGCUACAGUAUCUUUUUUGUUAUAGUCAUUUUUCUGUGCUCAUUUUAUCUCUUUAAUUUAAUCCUGGCUGUGGUAAUAAUGGCAUAUGAAGAGCAACAUAAAGCUACUCUUGCACAUACAAAAGCAAGGGAGAUGUUACUUCAGAAGGCAAAAGAAAUACUAAAGAAAGAACAGGAACUGUCUAUCAAAAGGCAUGUUGAUAAAAAUGUGGAAAUGCCAGUUCAAGAAUCAAAAAAUAAUAAGAAAAGCAAAAGCAAGUGGAAGAAGGCAUACAAAAGCAUAAAGUCCAAAACUUAUGGAGAAGAUGAAACCAUGUUUUAUUCACCACCAGAUAAAAAUCAAAAGGAGCUUAAGGAGGUGUUAAUGUCUUAUCGCCUACCCAUUGACACUCUUAAUGAUCCAUUUCAAAGACAAAAAUUAACAAGUGCAGCCCAUGUCCUCAGCAAAACCAUGGAAUGGGAAGAAUCAAAACUGGAAUUCCCUCCAGGCUUGAAACGUGCUACUCAAAAGUUCCUCAUAUGGCAGUGUUGCCCACUAUGGUUGCACAUAAAAGAAAGGGUGAAGAAAGUGAUAAUAAAUCCAUUUACUGAACUAUUUAUCAUACUGUGUAUUAUAAUGAAUAGUCUUCUAAUAGCAUUACAGUACAUUCUAUUUUCAGAAGAAUGUGUUGAAAAAUGGAACAAAAUUUUUACUGGCAUCUUUACAACAGAAAUGAUCCUCAAGCUUAUUGCGCUCGAUCCCUACUACUACUUCCAGCAGGCUUGGAAUAUUUUUGACUUCACAGUGGUUAUCAUAACUGUGAUAAGCAUGGGUCUUGAUGUAUCAGGACUAUCAAUUUUUAGAAUGAUGAGAAUCUUCAAGUUGUCAAAGUUUUGGCCAGCCUUAAAUAAGCUAAUGAAAAUCAUGAUGAAAUCAGUGGGCCCACUGGGUAACCUCACACUUGUUCUGAUGUUCACCAUAUUUAUUUUUGCUGUGGUUGGCAAGCAGGGCUUUGGGAACUAUUACAAUAUAAAUAGAACUGAUCCCAAGUGUGUCCAUAAGUCAAGCUAUGACACUAGUGAAAUAUGUCAGUUUCGUUGGCAUAUGGGGGACUUCUUGCAUUCAUUUCUUAUAAUAUUCCGAAUUCUGUGUGGAGAAUGGAUUGAAACCAUGUGGGACUGUAUGCGAGUAGCUCACCAUGGAUGGUGCAUCAUUAUGUUCAUGCUGGUCCUUGUGAUAGGAAACCUGGUGGUCCUCAACCUCUUUAUUGCUUUGCUGCUGAGUUCUUUCAGUAGCAGCAUUCCAGAAAGUGAGGCAGAAGAAAAAGAUCCUAAUGUUCAGAUGGCCUUGACUUACAUUCGUAGAAAUUUCCAAUUAAUCAAACAUUUGCUGUGGGAUUCAUGUUGCAAUGUAUUCAUGCAGAAGAAGAAGACAGCAUGCACAAAGCAUAGGCAGAUGACAAUUACUACCCAAAAGGACAACACCAUUGAGCUGAUGGAGGAGAUCCAAGCAAAUGCCAGAAAUGAAACUUUCAGAAAUUUGGAGAGAGCAUCAGUGAAUGAGAAACAAGAGGAUGUUGUGACAAACUCUAAGAAAGUUGAUCAUGCCCCCUUGGCUGAAAUGGAGUAUUUAACUGAUGAGGAAGAGCACACAGUCAUAGAAGUGGAUUACAAGGAAGAGGAGAACAAGUUGAAAAAUAGGAGAGAGCAGUUAAAGAGGACAAGAAGACGGUCUUCUCAGAUUUCUGAAAGUAUAAGUGUUUGGUCUUUGGAUGUUCCCAAGUGGUCUGAUCAUGACAUCAGCUAUUCUGAGACCAGCACAAUAGAUCAGACAGCUCCUGCCUGCCUUUUGCCUUCAAAAAAGAAGGAGCCUGAAGAUUGUUUUCCGCAAGCCUUGAUCAAAUUAUUCCCAAGUUGUGUAAUAAGCACUGAUACAUUUCUAAGCAACAGGUGGUGGAACCUUAGAAAAACCUGCUACAAAAUUAUAAUACACAGUUGGUUUGAGUCUUUUAUCAUAUUCAUGAUAUUGUUCAGCAGUGUUACUCUGAUCUUUGAAGAUGUUUACCUCGAGGAGAGACCAUUCAUAAAAAACCUCUUGAAGUAUGCAGAUAGUUUCUUUUUCUACAUCUUUUUCCUGGAGAUGCUUCUGAAAUGGGUGGCUUAUGGCUUCAAGAAGUAUUUCACCAGUGCUUGGUGUUGGCUUGAUUUCUUUAUUGUAUGUGUUUCCUUUGUUUCUCUGUAUCAAACGAUCGGAACACCAUCAGAAAUCAUGUGUGAUAACAAGAGCUCUGUAAAAUCUCUCAGAACUCUGAGGGCCCUGAGACCCCUUCGAGCACUAUCCAGAUUUAAAGGGAUCAAGGUUGUUGUGAAUGCCCUCAUAGGUGCCAUCCCUUCCAUUGGAAACGUACUGCUUGUCUGCGUUGUUCUCUGGCUCCCAUUUAAUGUCCUAGGAGUGGGUCUGUUUAGAGGAAAAUUUGGGAAUGUCGCCACAAAUGCUACUGCUGAACAUAUCUGUGAAUUGCCUAAUUCCACUUGGGAACCUAGCAGUAUCAACUUUGAUCAUGUUGGGAAGGGGUAUCUGGCUCUCCUCCAGGUGGCAACAUUUAAAGGUUGGAUACCUAUUAUGGAUGCUGCUGUAGAUGCACCUGACAGGAAAUGUUCGCCAACAGCUUUUGAAAGGAAUAAAUAUGCAUACCUCUACUUUGUUGCCUUUAUCAUCUUUGGAUCUUUUUUCAUGCUGAACCUCUUCAUUGGUGUUGUUAUUGACAAUUUUAACCAACAAAGAAAAAAGAUAAGUGGUGAACUCAUUUUUUUGUCAGAUGAACAGAAGAAGUAUUAUAAUGCACUGAAAAAACUUAGUACCAAGAAACCGCAUAAGCGCAUUCCACGGCCACUGAACAAGUACCAGGGAUUACUUUUUGAUAUCGUAAACAAGCAAGCAUUUGAUAUUUUCAUUAUAAGUCUCAUAUUUUUUAAUGUGGUGGUCAUGGCAAUGGAACAUGACGGCCAAGAAGAAGCUGUUGGAAACUUUCUUGAAAUUAUAAAUGCAGUAUUUGUUGCCAUCUUUACUGGAGAGUGCCUCAUGAAAAUAUUGGCUCUGAGGUUGUAUUUCUUCAAAGACAACUGGAACAUAUUUGAUUUUGUGGUGGUUAUUCUUUCAAUACUUAGUGCUGCCAUUAAAAACCUUCCAAUUAAUUUCCCUCCUACAAUCCUGAGAAUCAUCCGUGUGGUGCGGAUUAGCCGGAUAUUAAGGCUUAUAAGAGCAGCCCGAGGGAUCCGGACCCUUCUCUUUGCGCUGCUGAUGUCCCUUCCUGCUCUCGCAAACAUUGGGCUUCUGCUUUUCCUGAUCAUGUUUAUUUAUGCUAUUUUUGGUAUGAAAAACUUUGCUUGUGCAGGGUGUGGGGAUCACAUUGACAACAUUUUCAACUUCCAAACUUUUGGUGGCAGUAUGCUUUGCCUCUUGCAAAUGACCACAUCUGCUGGCUGGGAUGGACUUCUUCAUGAUAUGCUGGACAGUAUAAACGCUUCUUGUUUUCCCAAUGUAACUAUGAUGCACCUAAAUCGUGCCUCUGUAACUAAUGGUGUAGCAAUUGGAUAUUUUGUAAGCUACAUCAUUAUAUCAUUUCUUAUUGUCGUUAAUAUGUACAUUGCUGUCAUCAUAGAGAACUUCAGUAUUGCCUCUGAAGAAAGCACAGAACCACUAGAUGAAGACGACUUUGACAUUUUUUAUGAGACUUGGGCAAAAUUUGAUCCUCAAGCAACCCAAUUUAUUACUUAUUCAGCGCUUUCAGACUUUGCUGAUGCUCUGGUGGAACCCUUACGUAUCCCAAAACCAAACAGACAGCAGCUGAUAGCAAUGGAUCUUCCAAUGGUCAAUGGAAGUAAAAUUCACUGCUUGGAUAUUUUGUUUGCUUUCACCAAAAGGGUUCUGGGAGAGACUGGGGAAAUGGAUGCUCUUGAGACCCAGAUAGAGGGAAAGUAUCCAAAGAAGAUAGCCUAUGAACCCAUCGUAACAACUCUCAGGCGGAAACAAGAUGAAGCGGCCAUCAUUAUUCAGAGGGCUUUCAGGAUGCACCUACUUCAACGUGUGACACGGGAAGCUCAUACACCCUUGGAAGACAUUCCUGAGGAGGAAGGUGGCUCUGAAUUCAGGCUGAAUGCAAGUGAAGACAGUCAGUCAGUCAGAUCCCAAAGUCCAUCUUCUAUAUCUAUUCCUCCAUCUUACAGUAAUGUCUCAGGUACCACCGAUAACAUUCCUCAGAUGAUAAUCACAGAUAGUAGAAAUGCCACCAAGUGACUUACAACUCACUGUUUCUCUUGGCACAUCAUACUUUUCCAGGGAAUGUAAUAAUGCAACAAUAAUUACAGCAGGAGGCUGCAAUUAUAGCCACCUUUAUUAAACUGCAUGGCUUUUUCACUGAUGAUUGUAGGAAAACUCCUCAGCAGAAGUAAAGAUUGCAACAUCAAUCACAGUUAAAGGGUUAUCCAUAAUAUUUGAAGGGGGGAAAGAUGUGUAUUUGUGUGUGUGUGUGGCGGGGGGUGUUGCUUACCUUUUAUGAACUUUUUAAUGACCAGGCUUUUUAGCAUAUUGCUUUGGGAAUCCUAUAGAUCACUGGAGAAGUUGUAAAAAAAAUGAGCUUUGAUGGCUAUUAGGGACUCUUGCUAUUCUAAAACAUGAACCAUUAAUGUCCUAACUCUUAUCUCUGCAUGCUUCCAGAGUACCCUCAUGCCUUUUCAAAAAUAUUUCUGGAGAGUGCCCAGCUGUUCAGAAAAAUAUCGGUCUGAGGCAUGGAGGCUACUAUUGGACUAACUUGGGGACAAGAAAGUGCAGAUUCUUCUCCAGUUCAGUUGUCCAUUAAGGCAAAACUGGUCUGUGACCAGCAAAGGUGAUCUGGCCAGUUGUCCAGACCAACUAGCAAAUUUGACCUGAAAAUUAUUAUAGAGUCGGGGAGUAUCAUCUGACUUUCUGGAUGGUGGAUUUCUGAAGGAUAUUCUUCAGGUCACCAGUUCAAGAUUUGCUGUGGCUUCAAGAUUAAGUUCUGACUCUUAAAGGAGUGUUAGUAGUAAGAAAAGACAUGGUGGCUAGGAAGAGAUAUCUCUCUUUGAAUCCAAAUUAGUUUUUAUUGAAUAGGAGUUACCCCGCCCUUAACAUGAACUUUAAGUUCCCAUGCAUAAAAAUAUUUGCACAACAUGCCAGUUAUAUUAUCUGGGUAUAAAUACUGUAUUACAACUGCUGUAAAACAAUGCAAUCGUUGCCUAUCUCUACAUGUAGGAGCCGGACUGCAUGCAUUCAUUUAAUGUUUUCAUACGAGAAAUGAACAUUCUUAUAUCAACGUGAUACAUAUGUAUGAAUAUUUGCAUAAACAAGCAAACCAAUGUACCUGUUUCAUCUAUAUUAUAACAGUGGAUAUUUCACAAACUAUAGUACUUAAAUAAAAAAAAUGGAUUCUCA